AUGAACAUGGGCGACAUGGAGAUGGGAAGGAAAAAAAAAGCGGCCUCUGGAAGUAAAGAGCUCAAAGAAGUAGAGGACAUAAAAAAAGCUACAGCAGGCUUCAAACUAAAACAGGAAAAGGAGAAGGGAGGAGAAAAGGAGAACAAAGGAGAACAGGCGAGCGCAGGAGGACAGGCGAGCGCAGGAGGACAGGCGAGCGCAGGAGGACAGGCGAGCGCAGGAGGACAGGCGAGCGCAGGAGGACAGGUGAGCGAAGGAGGACAGGCGAGGACAGGCAAGCGCAGGAGGACAGGUGAUUGAAGGAGGAAAAGAGACACCUAAACAGACUUCUGAAGAACCGACGCAAGAGGAAGAUGAGGAGUACACUGACUGCGAAAGUGAAGAUAUCAAUGACGACGAAAAGAAAGCCAAACAAAGAGGGCGAUUCAAGGCCAAGCAGACGAAGGCCAACAAGCGGGAUCCCUAUAGACAUUACGAGUUUCUUGGCGAAUCUUAUAUCCAUGGCAUGAUGGACGGUGAGGCGGUCAGGCAGAACUUCUAUGAUAUAAAACCUGAUCAUUUGUUUGAAAUAAGAUAG